CCAAAUUGUACUGAGAGUUUCCUUUAGGGUAGUGUUGUAAACUUUAACCUGAUUCGUUCUGCAAACUCUGUCCUGAGUGUCAGGGUACCCUUUGGGAUCUUUGUCAUUCUCAGCAGUGUUCAGACUCCCCGUUUUUCUUGGAUAUCUAAAGAUGUUUAAUUCUGUACUGAGAAAAGUUGGAGUUUAUGGUGUCUUUGGGUCAAGCAUCCCAUAGUCUGGCAGAGGAGAGCGAGGCAGAGGGUAGACUCAUAGGUGCUUCUUGCUCAUGUUGGUUCGCACACCUGCAGCUUGAGGCAGCGGCUCUGGGAGGGAGGGAAGGAGGGAGCUUUAAGCUCUCAGUUCAGUAGCCAGGAGUUUAUAUUGAAAACAGCUUGUGCUUGAGUACGUCCCACAGAUACGAGAGGUUUCAUUGGAGAGCUAGGUUGACGAGCAGUGCAUCUUUAGGGCCAGCUGGUCUCUGAAACAGUCCGCCUUUUAUAGUCAGGUGACUGGAGGCCACGGAGUGACUUCCUGGGCAGAGUGAAUGCCCUGUGGUACAGUAAGUGAUGUGCAGUUAGUUGCAUUGUUUCUCUGCUGGUGAAUAGAAGAAGAGCAAAAGACUAAGAUCGUUCAAGAUUGUUUCUCACGAAAUUUGUAUUUCAUUAAAGUCCUCAAGUGGCGAAGGGGGGAGAGCGGGCGAUCUACUCUGUAGGGAAGCAAUAGUGUUUGCUUCUAAAAAGUUCUUAGUCCAGGAGUUGAGGACAUAACUAUAAGAGUUUCUGCAAGGAAAACAUUUAAGUAGAAACCUGCGAAGUUUAGAUUCUGAUGAGAUUUCUGUAUUAAACCUUGGGAAGGGUUAGGGUAUCUCAGAAUCCACUAUGAGUAGAAUUUCAUAAGAUGAAACCCAAAGGGACCUUCAAAAUCGUCACGUUCUCUCACUUCAUAGAUAAACGGGGUUGCAGGAAGGGAAGUAGUGUGCCCAAGCCACUCAGCGGGAGGCCCGUCUCGCUCUCAGUGACACCUGACGAACGAAUCCUCUGUGCUAUGCCCUGUCCUUUUUUCCCUCGCUGCUUGGACUGGUUGACGGUCUGGUGCGGAAGCCUCACAAGGAGGAAGUUGCAUCCUGAGAGCGUCCUGGGUGCCCGUUUUCACAGACGGGAGGAGGGGCUCUGCCUGUCCUGCCCUCAGUCCAUAUGAGGCUGAGGCUGGCUGUAAAUGUGCUGUGUUUUAAAAUGACUGGACCAAGUGAGGUCUCUGCUGCUGUUCCUAAGAUACAGUCCAUUAAAUCGAGUGAGUUUCAAAGUGCUUGUCAGUCGGACAGGGUUUCCUGUUGGCCUAGGAUGGCAUCUGUGGGCAGUCAUGGUAGCAAAUUCAGAGGUCCGUGGGACUAGUUUUCAGAUAGGGAAAGGAACUAUUUGUAAAUUGCUUUGCCUAAAAUACAUUCAUGAGUGUUCUAUCCAAGUGUCAGAUUUCCAAGAACAAAAGCAUUACUCGUGCGGAUUAAACUCCGGAGUCCUUCCGCCAUUUCUCCCUUGGGUGUUUGCGUUUCUCCUGAGUGGCUAACCUUAACCUGUUGGUGAGACCGAUGCCCAGAGACGGGCAUUGUAAAGAGACAGGACUGGAUUUUUUGUCUUAAAAUUACAGGCUAACUCCUCAAGAUUAUGCUUCAUGUAUUUUAUUAAGAAAACAACAAAAAGCACGGAAGAGGAUUUUUGCACUUUUUUCUGUAAAAGGUUUUUGGCUCUCUAUCAUUUAAAUGUUUGAAUCCGGUCAUUUGGUUACUCUUGCAGCUGCUUUACAUGGGCUUGGGGUUCCCCAGGCGUGGUCCAGCGGUUGGAGGCGCCUCACCGGGCUGUUGGGGUUUACCCAGUCCCAGCGCCCUGGGCGAGACAUUUCCACGGUGGGAUAAAAGGCAUUUUGGAUGAACUUAUUUUACACGUGUGUUUUGCAGCUUGUAUUACUCUGUACUUUAUGAUGCUCUUUCAUUAAAGAAAACGGAAGAGCACAGUUUCAACUUUGGUUUUCCUUCCGAGGUUUAAGAGUCACCAGAGUGAAAAGUGUGAUAUGCAGUCUAAUAGAGGAGUUGGCUCUUUCUGGAUCGAGAUCUAGUGAGACGUUUCUGGAUCUAGUGAGAAGUUACAGGAGAAGCUACUACGUCCCUGGAGCGAAUCAGGCUGGCAGGUUCUCCUUCAUUCCUGCCAGCUCGUUCAGAUUAAGGAAAGCCUGUUUCCUGCUUCUUUCUGUAAGCGGCAUCUGGCUGUGCAAGAGACCGGUCAUGCAGCCGCCGCCCCAGGCCGUCCCACCCAGCGUGGUGGGGCCCCCUCCAACCGGGAAUCCGCAGAGCAUGCUCUGGUCCACCAGCCCGUACAGGAGACAGGUGACUGCCAAUGCACCAGUGGCUCCAGUAACUCGCCCAUCGCAGCCGGUGACGGAUCCGUUUGCCUUUAGCAGACAGGCGCUCCAAAACACAUCGCUGGGCAGUGCGUCCAAAAGCAGCCCACCCAUUUUGCCAGGCCCAGCCCCACCCAUGUCUCUUCAGCGCCCUGGUCUGCCUAUGCCUCAUGCAAAUACUGGGAGUAGCUCCCAAGGACCCCGCGAGCCUCUGCUGGGGCCCCUGUGGCAGCCCAGGGCAGAUGCCAGCCCGUUUUCCAGUGUGUCGACCCCUGCAGCACCGCCUGGGCCUGAGAUGAACAGCAGUGCCGAGGGCGCCUCCAGCUCUGAGCGUGAGGUUCAGACUCAGCACAUUCCAGGAGCAGGUCAUGAGCGUUUCCAUGGGGGCCAUCUGCAGAGGGACCCGCCUGGGACUGACCGACCCCCGAGUGGGCAGAACCUGCACGACGUGGCUGCAGCACCAGCAGCGUCCCUUUUCUUCUCUCAGCCUCGUCAGCAAAUGCCAGGGCAGUGGGGGCCAGGAGGCCCAGAGCCCUUGGGUCAGCAUUACUGGCCCAGCCCGGAAGGAUCCGUCCAGAACAUGGUGCCGCAGGCCACCAGCGUUGGCCACUUCCGCACUCCAUCCAACCCACACCAGGGUCCCGGCCACGAGCAGCACAGCCCACUGGCGUCUUUACCAGGACCACUGGGCCGUGACGGAAGAGAUGAGACACCCGGCCUGCAGAGUGGACACCACACAGGAAGUAACUUUGAUCUUGAAAACACGUUCAGGCAGAAUUUCAGAGUUGGGAGUACGCGGGCUGGCCAGGAGCUGAGGCCGAGUCCAGGAAUGAAGAUAGAGCAGUUGCCAGAUCCUGCUCCCGUGAACCCCCCCACUCAGGGAAAUAGCCCAGAAAGCCAUUUGCAGUACCCGCUGGGGCCUGGGACCGGCCAGGCCCUGCCAGGAGCAGACUCGGGUGUGCUCUCCAUGUUUUUCCAAGGGGGAGAGACAGAAAAUGAGGAGAACCUUGCCUCUGAAAAAACAGGCUUGGCUGGUCAGUCUGACUUUGAUGGUGUCUCCCUCGGCCCUGGACUUGGCCACCCUCCUGCGUACGUGGGAGCAGGCGGCGUUUAUCAGGCCUUUCUCAGCACCUCCAACAGUGAGACCACGCAGCGGGGAGGAGACACACAGCCUUUCUUCCCUCAGUCUGCAGGCAUCCAGCACGAUCAGCCAGCCACCGAGAGAGCCGUUGUUGACGUCUGGGGCGACACAGCAGGUGCGAGGACUCGGGACGCUGGCAGCUCGCACUAUGAGAACGCUGAGAACUCAGAAUUCACUCAGAAUCAAGAGGUUCUGCCACGCGAACCCCCGAGUUUGGACCCUUCCUCCCCAGGCGAUCAGCUCAGAUACGGGCCCCUUCCCGGGCCAGCCGUCCCCAGGCGCAGUGUUGUGGGCCAUGCUGGAGGUGAGGGCCCCAACAUUGAGGCCCUGGAUGCACCGCUGCACCCCGUGCGAUCCGAUAGUGUGUCUUCCAGUUACAAUGGCAGGAGCCACCGGAGCCAUCCAGGUGUCUCCAGGCCCCAGGACCUGGGCACCUUCAUUCAGCAAGAAGUUGGGAAACCUGAGGACGAGGCUUCAGGGAGCUUUUUUAAGCAAAUCGACUCUUCUCCCGUGGGAGGCGAGGCAGAUGAGGCCCCUGCUAGCCCGGAUUACCACGGCAGCCUGGCCCAGCCCUCAGCCCCAAGCCCCCCAAAACCCACAGGGAUAUUCCAGACGAGUGCAAACAGUUCUUUCGAACCAGUGAAAUCCCACUUCGUUGGAGUCAAACUGGUCGAGGCAGAUCGCGCCAACAUGGUGGGCGAGCUGAGGGAGACCCGUACCCACCAGAGGCAGCCCAGACCGGCUGCCGCGCCGCCCGACAGCUGCCCGGGCAACCUGGAGCAGCCGCCGGACAACAUGGAGACCCUAUGCCCAGCCCGGGUCUGUUCUCCGCGUCUGAGCACGCCCACGGAGGCCGGCCAUGGGCUGCCGCACGCUGGGGGGCCGCCAUUGGAGACCGUGCCCCUGACACCCGAGAAGAGGCCCAUGACUAGGGCCCAUGGAGCCGCGAAGUGUGAGAGCCCAGCGACGACGCUGUGGGCGCAGAACGAGCUGCCGGACUUCGGAGGCAAUGUCCUCCUCGCCCCCGCCGCGCCCGCACUCCACGUGCCCGCGAGGCCGCAGUCCUCAGAAGUGAUUCAGCCUCCAGAUGAGGGGACAGCCGACCCGCUGUCCCGGCCGCCGGGCUUCCUCCCGCCUCUGCAGAGUGGCGACGGCAUGGGCGCGUCUGAGAACCUCGAGAACCCUCCCCAAAUGGGAGAGGAGGAGGCCCUUCUGUCGCAGGCGAGUUCCGGUUAUGCCAGUCUGCUGUCCUCGCCGCCCACCGAGUCUUUGCAGAAUCAGCCGGUCCUGGCUGCCCAGCCCGAUCAGAGCUGUAGCCCCGCUCAGCCCGUCAAUCUCUCUGUGUCCUCGUCGACUCCCACCGAGAAGGCUCGGUCCCACAGAGAUGCUUGGGCAGGAGACAGAGCCGUGGUGAGCAGCCGGGCCGUUGGUGGUGAUUCCGGAGAAACCGCUCUGUCUGGGCUUCCGGCCAGCUCCCAGGUCUCCUCCCCUCUGCCUCACAGUCUUACCCAGAGUCAUCGUCCCCAGGUUACUGGUACACCUGAAAUGGCUUCCACUCAGCCUGCUAAUUUGCUGGUUCAUCCGCCCUCUCAUCCAGCUCCAAAGAGCUUGCUUCUAGAAGCUCAAAAGAUUCACAGUGCAGAGACUGCCCUUCCAGAGUUGCUUACUAGCCCUGCUGGGGACACAGGUGUGACGUUGGUGCUGCCCGCCAACGCCACCUCGGGGCCGCCCGGUCACAAGGCAGAGCUCCCCAGUAACCGGGAAGAGACUCCAGGAGCCCUGGACUCCGCAGCCCCCAGGACGUCAGGAACUCCCCAGGUGACGACAGACGCUCAGGACCAGCGAGGCCUGGAGAGAGCCCAGCAGGAGCCAGCGCCAACUCCCCCGCAGGGGCCCAGAGCAGCGCUUCCAGAACCUUCACACCCAAGGAGUCCGCCAGCGCAAGGCCGACCCCCAGACUCAGCCCAACUACCAGCGAGUCUGGCUCCAGCUGACACGAGCCAGCAGCUGUUGCCACGGCCGCCUCAGUCCUCCAGCGCCUCGGCCGUGUCCAGUAGUUCAAGCCAGGCAGCAGUGCGGUCGGACCCGCAGUGGCUGCCGCAGCCAGCCCCGGACUUGGCACCCUACUACUAUCAUAGAUCCUUUUACGACGGUUACCAGCCCCAGUACCCCUCGCCAUACCUGCCAGACCCUGGCACCACCCCCCUCUACUACCAGGACAUGUACGGCCUGUACGAGCCCAGAUACAGGCCCUACGACAGUGCGACACCCGCCUACGCUGAGAACUACCGCUACCCUGAUCCUGAGCGGCCCAGCUCCCGGGCCAGCCACUGCUCAGACCGGCCGUCCGCCAGGCAAGCAUAUCCUGAAGGUUACUAUUCCAAAAGUGGAUGGAGCAGCCAGAGCGACUACUAUGCCAGCUACUACCCGAGCCAGUAUGAGUACGGAGAUCCAAGCCACUGGGAUCGGCACGCUUACGGUUCUCGGCUCAGGGACCCCCGCUUCUAUGACCGCAGGUACUGGUAUGACGCCGAGUACGAGCCGCUGGGGAAGGAGCAGUACGCCUACGCUGACAGGCCUGGGAAAUACGACCACUGGAGGUACGACCCUCGCUUCACAGGGAGUUUUGAUGACGACCACGAGCCCCACAGGGACACAUGCGGGGAGGAUGCGGACCGGCGCAGCGUGCACAGCGAGCACUCGGCACGGAGCCUGCACAGUGCGCCCAGCGUGCAGAGCCGCCGCAGCAGCUUCAGCACCCACUCGCAACAGAGUCAGGUUUACAGAAGUCGCAAUGUGACAGCUGGUCCCUACGAGGUCCCGCCUCCACCAGGCUCCUUCCACGGGGACUACGCCUACGACACCUACGGCAGCAAUUUCAACAGCGCCCCCGGCUUCCCCGAGUACGGCUACCCUGCUGAUGGCGGCUGGCCCGCAGUGGAGCAGGUUCCGUCAAGACCCACUUCUCCUGAGAAAUUCUCCGUGCCUCACGUCUGUGCCCGGUUUGGUCCCGGGGGCCAGCUCAUUAAAGUGGUCCCCAAUCUGCCUUCAGAAGGACAGCCGGCCUUGGUGGAAGUCCACAGCAUGGAGACGCUGCUGCAGCACAUGCCGGAGCAGGACGAGAUGCGGUCAUUCCCCGGGCCUCUCGGCAAAGACGACACCCAUAAAGUGGAUGUUAUUAAUUUUGCACAGAACAAAGCCACAAAGUGUUUGCAGAACGAAAACUUAAUUGACAAAGAGUCUGCAAGUCUCCUUUGGAACUUUAUUGUUCUGUUGUGCAGACAGAAUGGGACCGUGGUGGGGACAGACAUAGCGGAGCUGUUGUUACGGGACCACAGGACAGUGUGGCUUCCUGGGAAGUCACCCGACGAGGCCAACCUGAUUGAUUUCACCAAUGAAGCCGUGGGGCGCGCAGACGAGGAGGAGUCCGGGGAGGCCCAGCUCGCGUUUCUCACUGACACGCAGGCCACCGCUGUCGCGGGCACGCUGGAGAAGGACACCGAGAGGUUCAGAGAGCUGCUGCUCUAUGGACGGAAGAAGGAUGCUUUGGAGUCUGCGAUGAAGAACGGCUUGUGGGGCCACGCUCUGCUGCUUGCGAGCAAGAUGGACAGCCGGACGCAUGCCAGAGUCAUGACCAGGUUCGCCAACAGUCUCCCGAUCAACGACCCUUUGCAGACUGUCUACCAGCUGAUGUCCGGGCGGAUGCCUGCCGCGUCCACGUGCUGCGGAGACGAGAAGUGGGGGGACUGGAGGCCACACCUCGCCAUGGUCCUGUCCAACUUGAGUAACAACAUGGACGUGGAGUCCAGAACGAUGGCCACGAUGGGCGACACGCUAGCUUCGCGAGGUCUCUUGGACGCGGCGCACUUCUGCUACCUCAUGGCCCAGGUCGGGUUUGGGGUUUACACCAGGAAAACCACAAAGCUCGUCUUGAUCGGCUCGAACCACAGUUUGCCGUUUUUAAAGUUUGCGACCAACGAAGCCAUUCAGCGGACGGAGGCCUACGAGUACGCGCAGUCCCUGGGGGCGCAGAGCGGGCCCCUGCCCAACUUCCAGGUAUUUAAAUUCAUCUACUCCUGCCGCCUGGCCGAAAUGGGGUUCGCCACACAGGCCUUUCAUUACUGUGAAGUGAUUGCCAAGAGCAUCCUGCUGCAGCCCCGCACGCACUCCCCCGUGCUGGUUCGCCAGCUGGUUCAGCUCGCGUCCCAGCUGCGACUCUUCGAUCCUCAGCUGAAAGAGAAGCCGGAGGAGGAGGCCUUCGUGCAGCCGGCGUGGCUGUCCCAGCUGCAGCACUUGGAGAGGCAGGUGCAGGAGGGCGCCGUGCCGCAGAGCCCCGACACGGCCUUCGCCCAGCGCCCUGCCUGCUCGCUGAGCCCCGAGCUGGGACAGUGUGACGGCCCAGGACUCACACCUCCCUUGGGCCUGGGCGCUGACAACCCGUUGCUGGCGCCACCUGUGCCGGCCACUGAGUGCUCUGGCCAGGGCCUGCGGCUGCUGCCCUCAGCUCCGCUGACGCUCCCCGACGGCCCGCCAGCCAUCCCUGCCAGGGUGCCAAUGUUCCCAGUGCAGCCACCCCUGGGCUCUGUGGAGCCGGGGCCUGGCUGCGGGUCCCCAGGUUCUGCACUUGGCUUUGCAGAGGCCCCCGGGCCUGAUCCUGCAGCUCUGUGCCCAGGGCCUGGCCUGCCGCCUGGCACGCCGUCUCUCCAGGAGAGUGGACACUGGCUGCCAGAGGCCAGGACCCAGGACCCAGGGCCAGCGCCACUCGGAGCGCCCGGCGGAGACUCACAGGCGGAGCUGAGAGACGAGGAUUUUGGUGGAAAAUUCGAUAAUAUGGGGUCUUCGCGGGGGCCGCAGGACUCCGAGGGCCUUCCUGGGUGGGGGGCUGCCAGCCCGGGUGCCCUGCAGCCGCCGGCCAUGAUGCCCGCUCCCGAAGGGAAGAGCCCCGUGCAGGCAGCCAGGAGAGAGAGCAAGGAGCCCAAGAAGAGUGGUGAGUCCUGGUUCUCUCGCUGGCUGCCCGGGAAGAGGAAGACGGAGGCUUACUUGCCAGACGACAAGAAUAAGUCGAUCGUGUGGGACGAGAAGAGGAACCGAUGGGUGGACGUCAACGAGCCGGAGGAGGAGAAGAAGGCUCCUCCCCCACCGCCAAUAUCGCUUCCCAAGGCGCCACAGGCUGCUGCCCCUGGACCUGGCGGGCUCCCCGGAUCCUCUGUGAACAUGUUUUCUAGAAAAGCAGCCGGGAGCAGAGCGCGCUACGUGGACGUCCUGAACCCCGGCGGGCGCCGGCAGACGGAGCCGGCUCUCGCGCCUGCAGACUUCUUCGCCCCGCUGGCCCCACUCCCCAUCCCGGCUCACCUGUGCGGACCCCACCCAGACGCAGCAGCGGGUGCCGGCGGGGAAGGGCAGGCCCACGCGGAGCCCGUCCCGGAGCCCCAGCAGGAGUUAAGCUCUGCCGCUGGGCCCCCUGCUUCGGACCUCCCACCCCACCGAGCGGACGGCCCGCAGGGAGGAGAGCUUUCGCGCUGUAGUUCGAUGAGUUCGCUGUCACGCGAAGUGAGCCAGCAUUUUGACCAGGCUCCCGGUGACCACGCAGCCGCAGAGGGCCCGCCCGGGGCCACAGUGCCCUUCUACGACCCAGCGCACUUCGCACAGGCCUCUGCCACCUCGGGGAGUUCCAGGACGGGGCGCAUUGGCCAGAGGAAAUACCCAGCGCUGAGCUAGGCUAAUCCCGCUGGGAUUAGCAUCUGGGCCCUGGCGCGCUUGCCACGAGGACUCGACUGCUGGCCUCUGUCCCCAGAGGGACAGGCAAGAGGAGUCCAGAUGGUGCUGUCCAUUGGCCCCCUCAGCACCUGCCUAUGGGACGUGUUGUCGACGAGGUCCCACAGCCCCCUCGAGGUCUGGAGGGAGAGGGAACCUCCGACUCAACCUUUGACUUUGAAAAGAGUGACUUAAGGACAAACAUUCGUUAGUCACUCGAUGUCACACUGAGUGCAGCUGGAACUUUCUGCUGCAGGAGAGAAUUCUCUUCAGGAACAAGCAUCUCGAAGCCCGGUGGCCAGUUGCUGCCAAAUGUGUCCCACAGUCCCUCUAAGACACUGGCAGAAGAGGGGACCUUUGACUCCGGAGGGAAACACGGAUGCCUGCUCUGCAGCCCCCACCCCCACGUUCCCUCACCCCGAAUGCUGCUCCGAGGGGCGCGGCAGCUGUCCACGCGGCGGUGGGAGACACCGUGAUGGCGCGCGAUUCUCUGCCGGGGCCAACACACCCCCACCAGCUGCACCGAAUUUUCUGUGGCCUGGCUAGGACCAUAAGGGAUUUCCUGCUACCAGGGGGCCUGGCUUUGCCACCCGGAAGAGAUGAAAGAGCCACCGAACAGGACUUGUGUUCCAGACGCGUCCGAUCUAGGCUCACCAGCCUGGUGUGGACACUGUGACUAACGACUCACUUGGAUCUGGAUUUUCCCGGGUAUGAGAAUCCUGCUGGACUGGCCAUCAGAGCAGCCGUGUGGACCGCCUGCUCUGGACGCAGUGACGCCGCCCCGCCUCCUGGUGGCUUCAGGGCACAGUCCAGCCCACGGGCUUCCUCACCCGGGUGACAGCAUCGCAGGAGUUGGUGACCUCUGGGAGAAAGUGGCUUAAAGCAGUUUCUCGACAGGAGCUCUGCCUGGUUUUCCCACCUGCCACCGCGUGCAGAGGUGUUGCCUCGCAGUCCCCCGAGCCUGCGGAGGGCGCCCCCACCGGACUCGGCUUGCUGGCUCCAUUGACUUCUUAAAAGUCUCCUCGUUCUGCGUAGUCCCGAGGGAGCAGGGGACGAUUUCAGUGCUUGUGAAAACCGGUAGCGGAGUUUCCCGUGCUCGCUGCUGUGGUGGGGUGUGGGUCUGUUGGGUCCGGGGGGCGGAGGUAGCACAGGCCCUGCCCACUCCCAGCUCACUGGAUCUUCGGGGACAGACCCACAGAAUGUGUUCCAGGGUGUUUCACACUUGUGUGACUGGACCCCCUUGUUCGUGUCACUUCGAGGAAGGCCGGGUCUCGUUAGGGCGUCUCUUGUGUCCCAGGGUCAGUGCUCCUGUGGUUCCUGGGGCGUGAGCCCCUCGGGGUGCCCUCGGCUUCCUCCAGCCCACCCCAGCCCAUUGUUCUGUGUGGACUGCCAGCGACUUUUGAUUCAAGAAGUUCCCUCCAAGGUGGGAGCUGCUAUUUUUCCUAAACGCAAAUUGUUAAAUAAAAUAUUUUGCGCCCUUGA